AUGUAUAAGGUGGUCCUGGGAGCGCACUCCAUCAGGAAAGAGGAAAAAGAUUCAAAGCAGAUCCGAGAGGUUGAGAAACUUUUUCCACAUCCCAACUAUACCCGUGUAACCAAGGGCAACGACCUCAUGUUGGUGAAGCUUCAGGAACCAGCGACUCUGACCAGGACAGUCAAAUGGCUCAAAUUAGGCAAAACCAUCAGAGACCCGGCAGCUGGCAGCACGUGUCUGGUGGCUGGAUGGGGACGAACCGAGACAACACGAUCAUCAGACGUCCUCAAGUCUGUCAAUGUGACUGUGGUGGACAGACAGACGUGCAACUGUCGUGAUUAUUACAACCAUGACCCUGUUAUCACCAGAGACAUGAUAUGUGCUGGUUCAGAUGGUACAAACGUCGCUGAUACCUGUCAGGGGGAUUCAGGAGGCCCGCUGCUGUGUGAUGGAGCGCUGGUUGGAGUCACUUCUUUUGGACGGGGUUGUGGUGUCAUUAAAAAACCUGGAGUCUACUCGUUUGUCUCAAGGAAACAACUGAAGUGG